AUGGAUUUCAUGCUUGUUUUCCUAACCUCUCUGCUCAGUUUUCUGCUGGGCUAUCUGCGCUACCGCUUUAACUACUGGGAACUGAGGGGAGUUCCGCAGCUGAGGACGCACUUUCUCUACGGGAACUUCUUCAAGAUCCAGUCGGUGCACCUCAGCGAACUCCUCCAGGAGACCUACGAUGCCUUCAAGGGAACCGCUAAAAUGGCAGGGACCUACGUCUACUGGCGACCCAUUGCCGUGGUUCUGGACCUGGAUCUGGUCAAGUCGGUGAUCAUCAAGGACUUUGGACAGUUUGUGGACCGUCGAAGCUUCCACGGCGGUGUGCUGACCUCCAAUCUGUUCAAUCUUCAGGGUGAGGAAUGGCGUGCUCUGCGGAACAAGCUAUCGCCCACAUUUACUAGUGGAAAAAUGAAGUAUAUGUUCGGAACUAUCACCAAAGUGGCACAGCAACUGGGGGAGACAUUUAAAGAACUAGUUGGAUCUCAGGGGGCCAUUCUGGAGCUCCACGAUCUGAUGGCUCGCUACACAACAGAUGUGAUUGGAAGGUGUGCCUUUGGAACCGAAAGCAACAGUCUAAAAGAUCCGAAAGCAGAGUUCCGGGAGGUAGGACGACGGCUAUUCCAAAACAACAAUAGGAGCAUCCGUUGGCGGGUCUUCAAGAUGACAUACCUUAGCUCGCUGGCCAAGCUUGGACUUCCGGUUCGAGUCUUUCAUCCGGAUAUUACCGAAUUCUUUAUCCGUGUAGUCCGCGAAACAGUGGAGUUAAGGGAGCGAGAGGACAUCCGUCGGAACGACUUUAUGGACCUUUUGCUCGAUCUGAAGAGGCAGGAAAAUGGAAAGGGACUAACCGUAGAACAGCUGGCAGCUCAGGUCUUCGUGUUCUUUGUGGCCGGAUUUGAAACCAGUUCUAGUAACAUGAGCUACGCCCUAUUCGAGUUGGCCAAAAACCAGGCUGUGCAGGAAAAACUAAGGCUGGAGAUCAGCGAUGUGAUAGAUAAACACGGUGAACUGACCUACGAGGCCAUGCUGGACAUGCCCUACUUGGACCAGACAAUCACAGAAACCCUCCGCAAGUACCCUGCCUUGGGUUCGCUCACCCGCCUGGCCUCCGAGGACUACGAGAUACCCAACAGCGACGACGGCAAUGGCGAACCCAUCAUCCUGGAGAAGGGCACCCUUGUCCACAUUCCGGUGCUGGCCAUCCACUACGAUCCCGAGAUCUAUCCGGAACCACAAGAGUUUCGACCGGAGAGGUUUUCGCCAACUGCCUGCCAGGAGCGACAUCCCACAGCCUUUCUGGGCUUCGGCGAUGGUCCGAGGAACUGCAUCGGUUUGCGAUUUGGGCGGAUGCAGGUGAAGAUGGGCCUGAUCGCGUUGCUUAACCAUUUCCGAUUCAGCCUUUCACCCGAAUCCCCCCAGCAACUGAAAGUCACCAAGAAAAACGUGAUACUGCUGCCCGGCGAGGGUGUUCGAUUGCAAGUCGAUCGAUUGUAGUCGCGCCUAAUGUAAACACCUUUCGGUGCGGGAAUAAACAAGGCUGCCUGGCUUUUCGUCAGCAGAAUAUUCAAUUAAAUUCCCCCCCAUUCGACGGUCGAUUGAAAGCCAAACCAAAAUUUAUAGCAGCCGCAAAAUCCCAGCCCAACACCCCCCUGCCAACCAUUCGCCACCCAAGGCAACUGCUCAGUUAUCCCAGAAUUCGACACCAUGGGCAUUAAAUCAACACAGGCGACAAACAGGAGGGUAUGGGAGGGGACCUGGCCAGCCAUGUGAGCCGACCAAAAGCCAUUGCGGUUCAGUUUGAUGCACUUCUCCAAUGGCCAGAACCCCCAAACACCCCCCAUCACCACCUUCAUUGAGUGUGUGUGAGUUGCCUGCAUAAAU